UUAAGUUGCAGGUGCGCAUCCAUGGCUCCUGGGAGUAAUAUGUACUAAAUUGGGUUGAUCAGUUUGUUGAAGCAUUGAAAUUUGGGUCAUAUAAUUGAAUGCAUUUCAUUUCCUUUUCUGAAAACUCAUAAAUUUCAAUCGCUGGUUAUUUGUUCUCCUGUGAUUGCUUUAGUUUAAUAAUAUAUUCCCACACAUUUUCCUCUUUUGCCUUCCAGGUGUCUGUGUUUUUGCUCAAGCUGCUACAUCACCUUGACAGUUCUUGUACAAGAAAGGAAGUUGAUAUGGCGUCAUUUCGAGCUUUUUGGAACAGUCCUGUUGGCCCUAAAACCACACAUUUCUGGGGUCCUGUAGCCAAUUGGGGAUUUGUUGUUGCGGGACUUGUAGACACACAGAAACCCCCAGAAAUGAUUUCUGGCAAUAUGACUGCAGCUAUGUGUGUAUACUCUGGACUGUUUAUGAGGUUUGCAUGGAUGGUACAACCUCGCAACUAUCUCCUUUUGGGAUGCCAUGCCUCAAACGAGACAGUGCAACUGUAUCAACUAUCGCGUUGGGCAAAAGGCCAGGGGUACUUGGAGUCAAAAGAAGAGAAGGCUGCAUCCAAGUGAUCUGGUUGCUUCGGUUGCUUUCUGCAUUAUUGACUCCUGGUUGGUUCCUGCAGCUGUCUGAAAUUAUCUGUGCAUCGUUAAACAUCUGACAAGCAAAAUAGUGCUGGAUAAUCUGCCUUUCUAUAUUUGCCAAUUAUAUAAUAAUUGAUUUUGACUUUGAGUAAAAAUUCAAGAUUCUGAAAUUCUGGCCAAUACUUUUGUAUUGUUCCUUCAAGAAAAGUAUACUCUUUA